UUUUAGCUUUCUGUGUACGACAACAGAGGUUGAAGGAAUUGUAAUGAAACUGGAAGAGAAAUAGCAUGCGUUCAUAAAAUUUGUGACAGGUACUACGCAACCAUCAGUUGUAGAAGUUGUGCGGCUGAGGGAUAAUCAGUCACUGCUGCUGUGUCGUUGCGUUCAGGAUGGUCCUCGAAAGCACAGUUGUUUGCGUGGACAACAGCGAAUAUAUGAGGAAUGGCGACUUCAUACCAACCCGGCUCCAAGCGCAACAGGAUGCAGUCAGCUUGGUUUGCCACUCAAAGACACGAUCCAACCCCGAAAAUAACGUAGGGUUGUUAACUCUAGCGAGUAGCUCAGAGGUGCUCGCCACUUUGACAACUGAUGUGGGACGUCUGCUGUCGAAACUACAUCAAGUUCAGCCCAAAGGAAACAUCAACUUUCUUACCGCUAUCCGCAUUGCUCAUCUUGUGCUAAAACAUCGACAAGGAAAGAACCACAAAAUGCGUAUAGUGGUGUUCGUUGGCAGCCCUAUUGAGACAGAUUCCAAAGAGCUAGUGAAGCUGGCAAAGCGUCUAAAAAAGGAGAAGGUGAAUGUUGAUAUCGUCAACUUCGGGGAAGAUAACAUAAACACUGAAAAGCUAACAACGUUCAUCAACUUGCUCAAUGGCAAAGAUGGCAGUGGUUCUCACCUGGUAACUGUACCUCCUGGACCACAUCUCUCGGAUGCACUCAUAAGUUCGCCGGUAAUACAAGGAGAAGAUGGCUCCGGUGCCAUUGGCCUCGGUGUUGGUGGAUUUGAGUUUGGUGUGGACCCCAACGAAGAUCCAGAAUUGGCUCUGGCACUACGAGUGUCUAUGGAAGAACAGCGUCAGCGUCAAGAAGAUGAGGCCAGGAGGGCAGCUGCAACAUCUGCCAAGGAGGGAGCUCCAACUCCAGUGAAGACAGAAACAGAAGGAGGAACUACAGAGGAAGAACUGCUUGAACGUGCGUUGGCUAUGUCCUUGGACCCAGAACCAACGACUGCUACUGCUACAGGUGCUGGUAGUGCCACAAUGCCUGAUUUUGCUGCUAUGACCGAGGAAGAACAAAUAGCCUAUGCCAUGCAGAUGUCACUUCAGCAGGCUCAAGGCGGAGUGGGGGGUGAGGCUAGCCAUGCAGAGCCAAUGGAGACUGAUCAACCCAAACCCGAUCAGCCUCCCGAGGAAAAGAAGGGCGAGGAGCCAGAGGACUUCGACAUGAUUCAAGACCCAGCCUUCCUCCUCUACGCGCUCGGCAACCUACCGGGGGUCGACCCGGAGAGCGAGGCGGUCCGCAACGUCCUCGAUGUGCUUUCUCAGGCUGACCCCCCCAAGGAGCACAAGGAGGACGACAAAAAGGACAAAGGGGACAGGGAAAAGUAAGGAAACCUGGGGGCUGGGUCCAUAGUCGUGGAGAAUAAAUCUGGGAAGGCCGAUAUCGUUAGCCUCAGAGGCUCUAGAAACUGUGCUUCAGGUGGAUUAUGCUGAAUAAAUGCUUGCAGCAUGUUAUUUCCUAGAA